GGAGAAUUGAGUUGUCUACAAAGAACCUUUUCAAUAAACUUUAAUAAAACCGUAAAUGUAAUCAUUUAGAAAGUAAUUAAAAUAAUUCAGUGCUUAAAUAAUAUUCCAUAAUGUUAAAGAUUAGAGGUCAGUUACAUUUUGAAGAGAAAUGGCCAUCUAUGGAACCAGUUGUACUGAAACUUUUAGUCCAAGAUCAUAUUGAUAACAACGAAUGGCAAGAUCUGUUUUAUAUGGUUCAUUCUGUGUGCUUAUGGGAUGAAAAGGGAGCACAUAAGAUUCGUGAUAGUUUAGAAGACUUGAUAAUUAAAUUUAUAAAACAAGCUCAGAAAAGAGUUUUAGUGGCUGGUGAAGAGCAAGCACUUCUUAAAGCAUACAUAAUUGAAUGGAGAAAGUUCUUUACUCAAAGUUCAUAUUUACCUCUUCCAUUUCGACAGUUGGAAACAUCUCUUCAAACAAAAUCAUCGUCAUCGUCCAGUCAUAUAAAUAAUAAUACGUCAAAAAAAUCUUCCAGUUCUGAUGAUACUGUAGUAAGGAAAUUAAUGUUAGACAGUUGGAAUCAAAGUAUUUUUAUGAAUGUUAAAGAUCGUCUUCAAGAUUCAGCUAUGAAAUUAAUUCAAGCCGAAAGAAACGGAGAGGCGUUUGAUUCUCAACUAGUUAUUGGUGUUCGUGAAAGUUAUGUGAAUUUAUGUUCAAACUCAGAGGACAAAUUAGAAAUUUAUCGGGAAAAUUUUGAAGCAGCUUAUCUCCAAGCCACCGCAGACUUUUACAGAUUGAAAGGCAAUGAACAGUUACAAGAAAAUGGUGUUCAAAGUUUUAUGAAAUAUGCUGAUGCAAAAUUAAGGGAGGAAGAAGCUCGUGCAGCAAGAUAUCUUGAACCUGUUAGUGCAACUGGAUUGAGUGAAUGUUGUGUUCGUGUUCUCAUCGGAGAUCAUCUUCCUACAUUGAUUGCUGAAUGCCGACCCUUGAUAGAAGCUGGCGAAACAGAAAGACUUAAUUUAAUGUUUCGACUUUUAGAUCGUGUAAGUGGUGGAGUUGAUCCUAUGCUCAAUGAUCUUGAGAAUCAUAUAGUUUCAGCUGGUCUUUCUGAUAUGGUAGCUUCAGCAGAUGUCAUAACGCAGGAUAGUGAAAAAUAUGUAGAAAGACUUUUAGAUUUAUUUAGAAGAUUCAGUAAGCUCGUUCUGGAUGCUUUCAAUGAUGAUCCAAGGUUUUUAACAGCUCGUGACAAAGCCUUCAAAACUGUUGUGAAUGAUACAACAGUUUUUAAACUCGAAUUACCUACUAAUACUACAGCCAGAGGAACAAAAAUCACGACUCCUGAGAGUAAAUGUCCCGAAUUGUUGGCUAAUUAUUGCGACAUGCUUCUUCGAAGGACUCCAUUAAGUAAGAGAUUGACUAGUGAUCAAAUAGAAGUACGUUUAAGGGAUGUACUCUUAGUAUUGAAAUAUGUCUGCAAUAAGGAUGUAUUUAUGAGAUAUCACAAAGCACAUCUUACAAGGCGUUUAAUACUUGACUCGAGUGCCGAUUCUGAAAAGGAAGAGGAUAUGGUAGAGUGGUUGCGUGAAAUCGGCAUGCCUGCAGAUUAUGUUAACAAACUAGCAAGAAUGUUUCAAGAUAUUAAAGUUAGCGAGGAUCUAAAUGCUCAGUUUAGAUCUCAAACUACGAGACACGAUGCAAUCAAUAUUAAAAUUUUAAAUGCUGGUGCUUGGGCUGCUCGUUCAACAGAACGUGUUUCAGUAAGUUUGCCGUUAGAGUUGGAAGACUUUAUUCCUGAAAUUGAAGAGUUUUAUAAAACGAAGCAUUCUGGAAGGAAGUUACAAUGGUAUCAUCACAUGAGCAAUGGAACAAUUACUUUUGCAAACAAUGUAGGACGCUUUGAUCUGGACGUGACGACAUUUCAAAUGGCUGUUCUUUUUGCAUGGAAUCAGCGACCGAAUGAUAGGAUUUCCUAUGAAAAUUUACGACUUGCUACGGAACUUCCAGAUCCAGAAUUAAGAAGAACUUUGUGGUCUUUGGUAGCCUUUCCAAAACUCAAAAGGCAACUCCUUCUGUUUGAUCCGAUCGUUCAAGUGCCAAAAGAUUUUGAUGAAAAUACAGUUUUUUGGAUUAAUCAAGAAUUUUCGCUCGUCAAAAAUGGAAAGCCUCAAAAACGAGGCAAAAUUAAUUUAAUUGGAAGACUUCAAUUGAGUACAGAGCGAUCACAGCAAGAAGACAAUCAGUCGAUUGUACAAUUGAGGAUUCUCAGAACACAAGAAGCAAUCAUAAAGAUAAUGAAAAUGCGAAAACGAAUGACAAAUGCUGCUUUACAGGCUGAACUGAUUGAGAUAUUGAAAAAUAUGUUUUUGCCAUCAAAGAAAAUGAUAAAGGAACAACUGGAAUGGUUGAUAGAACAAAAGUAUUUAGCUCGUGAUGACAGUGAUAUUAAUGUUUUUACUUAUAUGGCUUAAACAUUGCAAGGCAUGCGGUUCCCUCAUUUAUUUUGUUUAAUAUGGAAAUUAUUUUUCAAAUUACCAAUUUUGGUAAUUUGAAUUGAGACAUUUUUUAAGUAAAUUCUGACGAUUUUUAAUUUUAUUUUAAUAAAAAAUGGUUUAUGCUAUCUUCAUUGAUCACAUGUACAAGUUACUUUUUUCUUGAAUUGCUUGAAUCUUUACAUUCUCAUCAUACUUCAAUCCAAUGCGCUUAAGAUGUGUCAGGAUUUUUUCAACCGUUAUCUUAUCAAAAAUAUCAAUGUAAAUUAUGUAGCAUGAAAAUGCCUGACUGUUCAUCAAUCUCUUUGAACUGACUGCUCCACCUACUCCAGUAACGAAAUUAGGGGGUUUUAAAUGCUCCACAUCAUCUAAUUUAGAAUUAAUUCCUCUAAUAAUGCAACCAUCGGGAAUUCUAUCAGCUUUAAAAUCAGAUGUCCUUUGGAGGGAUAUAAUAGUUGCUGUAUUUGCUUUAUUAAUGAAUGUAUUAAGUAGAUCAGAAAUGGAUGCAACAUAAUUUAGAUCUUGCUCUUCGGCUACACAAAGUAAAGUCGCUUCAUCAACUUCAUAGAUCUCUACUUUUCUUACUUUACAGAUUAACUUUGGAGUACCAUUUAAAACUGUAUCUUUAAGGAGCUUUUUAGCAUUUACUCCUUCGACAACAACAAAAUGAUCAAUACUUUUUUCAUGAUUCCACUGAUGUUCAUCAAUGCUCCAAACUAUUUCGGGUUGAUUGAACUGGAUGUUCUCAUCAUAUUCAUCAAAGAAAGCUCUUGACACUGGAUUAACGAUUAUUUCACCAAAAUUAAGAUCCAUUUUCUCUAAACCGCAACUUACACUUUUUUCAAAAUAUUGAUUUUAAUUAUUUCAAGUCUGACUUUUUAGCAAUUUUCCCUGAUUAAUACAGCUUCUGAUGAAGUAUAUUCACAAGACUAGGAAUGUUUAAGAUCUUAAAAAAUGCGAAUUUUAAUUAAAUUUUGAUUCUGUUUUGAAAAUUUUUAUAGCUCGUUUGCACACAGGGGACGUCGACUGAAAAU